UGCCCACGACGCGUUAUACGCAACGGAAGCAGGCGAAGCGGAGUCCCGUCCUCGUCCGCGUAUUCCGAAAUCCGAAUUCCGUAGUUCGUUGCCGGAGUUGCCACGGAAUCCUGCGCGCAAGCGUCCUCACCAGAACUCCAUUCGCGGUGUGACUUUAUUUUCAGUUCUUCCAUAUAUAUCAACUUUUUUUUUGGUGACCCUGCAGCUGCUGGUGGACAUGACCCGCCGUUGUGGCCAGUGCUAGGAAUGUUCGGCUACGGUGAAGGCGAUGGCGAUGGCGAUGGCGAGGGCGAUGCCGACCAGACAUCCAUGACGGCGGCCGCCUACCGGGCGCUGCUCGACUACUACGCCAAUGUGCCGAGUGCAGCGGGACACAUUGUCUCCCUGACCAUUGGUCCCUACAACGACACAACCGGCUCCUCCAUCUCCGUCAGCAACAGCACUUCCUUUGAGGACACGAACGCCGAAUAUUUUGCCACCCAAAGGCUAGAGAAUGACUUGGUCACGGAGGUGGCAAACAUAGCCUUUGGCACCAGCACGGUUUAUGGUUUCGGGGACACUGCCUUGGGCGUGAGUCCCACUAUCGCAUCCAGCAGCAGCAGCAGUAGCAGUGGUGCAGGCAUGCCCGUCUGGCUGAUACCCAGUUAUAGUGUGAUCCUACUCUUUGCGGUGCUGGGCAACCUGCUGGUCAUAUCCACGCUGGUCCAGAACCGACGAAUGCGCACGAUCACCAAUGUGUUCCUGCUCAACCUGGCCAUCUCGGACAUGCUGCUGGGUGUGCUCUGCAUGCCGGUGACCCUGGUGGGCACACUGUUGCGCAACUUUAUCUUUGGCGAGUUCCUCUGCAAGCUCUUUCAGUUCUCGCAAGCUGCCUCGGUGGCCGUGUCCUCGUGGACUUUGGUGGCCAUAUCCUGCGAGCGUUACUAUGCCAUCUGUCAUCCAUUGAGGUCUCGCUCCUGGCAGACGAUCAGCCAUGCCUACAAGAUCAUCGGUUUCAUUUGGCUGGGCGGAAUACUCUGCAUGACACCCAUAGCGGUUUUUAGUCAAUUGAUACCCACCAGUCGGCCAGGCUACUGCAAGUGCCGUGAAACAUGGCCUGACCAGGGCUAUGAGCGCUUCUACAACAUCCUGCUGGACUUCCUGCUGCUAGUCCUGCCCCUGCUGGUCCUCUGCGUUGCCUAUAUCCUCAUCACCCGCACCCUAUAUGUGGGCAUGGCCAAAGACAGCAACCGCAUCCAGUUGCAGCAGGCCAGCACCGGAACUGGCUCUUCCGGUGGCAUCACAACAACAGGUCCUGGCUCCGGUUCUGGUAGUGGUCUUGGUCCUGGUGCUGGUGCUGGCAGCAGCAGUAGCUGCAUCCUGGUGCUGGCAGUCUAUAACGAGAACAGUAACAACAAUAAUGGCACUCCUUCCGCUUCCGCUGGAGCAACAGUGACAACGAAUAUGGCAACGACAACAUUGACAACGAGAGCGGCGGCAUCUUCCACGGUGGUUACACUGGCCAAGACCUCUUCGCCAAGCAUACGCGUUCAUGAUGCAGCUUUACGCAGAUCCAACGAGGCCAAGACUCUGGAGAGCAAGAAGCGCGUGGUGAAGAUGCUAUUCGUUCUGGUCUUGGAGUUCUUCAUCUGCUGGACGCCGCUGUAUGUGAUCAACACGAUGACCAUGCUCAUUGGACCGGUGGUUUACGAGUAUGUGGACUAUACGGCCAUCAGUUUCUUGCAGCUGCUGGCCUACUCCUCCAGCUGCUGCAAUCCCAUUACGUAUUGCUUCAUGAAUGCCAGCUUUCGGCGGGCCUUUGUGGAUACCUUUAAGGGUUUGCCCUGGCGUCGCGGUGGAGGUGGAGGAGGAACUGGAACCGGAGCAGCUCUAUCCGCCAGCCAGGCGGGUUACAAUCCAAACACCAAUGUGAAUAACAGUCUCAAUCCUGGCCUGGGCACCUGGCGAAGUCGCUCCCGCCACGAGCUCCUGAACUCGGUGGUGCAUACGAAUAGUGCCGCUGCUGCCGCUGAUAGUCCGCAGCUAUAAGCUGGCGGUGACACCGGAGCGGAAAAGCGGUGUAAAUAUGUAACAUAUAUAGCAUUAUGUGUGUGUUUUUUUUUUGUAAGGGGAGUAUUUUUUUUACCUACAUGUAACUAUGAUCCUAAUCGUAAUCGUAAUCGUAAUCGUAAUCGUAACUAACUCGGACGCUAGUCCAUUGGUGUUUCAAUUGAAC